AGGAAUGCAGGGGAAAAUGGGGUUGCAAGGCCUGAUGGGCGAAGUAGUCGAGGAAGACGAUGGAAGGGGACGUUGAGGCGCAUCUGGUGCUGUCCUGGCUCUCGGCAGUGUUCCGCAUCCUCCGGAAGCAUGUCGUCCUCGCCCUCAUCUUUUCCUUCUCCCUCACCUAUUUCCUACUCAGUGUCUAUUCCCAUAAGGAAGUUCCAGAGGCAAUGAGUGACAGCGAUGUCGUUCCCCACUGGAGGAAUGGAGACGAGAUCCUGUGGAAGCUGGACGAGGCCCCGGAGAACGGAACCGACGCCGGAGCCGAGAAGGAGAGGCUCACGUGCCGAAACUCGGUGCAGGGCCGGACCAUCAUUGCCGACGAUCGAGGUACCCUCGUUUCCCGGCAAGUGUCCGAGCCCUGCGAUCGUUUGGUUUUACCCAGAGUUUUCUUAUUGCCACGAGGAUACACGUGUGCGAGGCACGAAGUCCUGCCGAGCGGAUGUUGCAACGCCGAACUGGCCACCACCCGGCGAUACGUCUGCGAAUCUUGCGGGACCAACCAUUGCUGUGCCAUCUAUGAGUUCUGCAUCUCUUGCUGCCUGCACCCAUCCCAGAAAUCCCUUUUGCAGUCCCUGCUGACGAAGGGUUCCGAGAGACAGAGCCUCCUCUUCGCGUCGGUGACGGACCAUUUCGAACUGUGCCUCGCCAAGUGCAGGACGAGCAGCACGAGCGUCCAGCACGAGAAUCUCUACCGUGACCCGAGUGCAACCCACUGCUUUGGGCUCCAGCCACCGGGACCUGCACCACCUGCUGCCAAGCUGUGAACUGCGGUGUGUUCUCGCUGCCGUCAAGUGAACGUUUGAUCCGGCCUGGGUGUAACGAUGCCGUCACCCAACCCAGCCUCUGCACCACAAUGGUGUUGCUCGACCCAGCCUCCAUGCCACAUGCUGUCACCAGACCCGGCCUCCGUGCCACGAUGCCGUCACCCGAUGCUGCGUUAUCGUUGUCACAUUGUUGUCUUCCUCUGACUCCAACUCUCUGCUAUCGCUGCUACCUUUCUGAAGUAAUUCACAUGACUGAUGACUGUGAUAAUUUGAGAUGGGGUUCUUUCCAUUCAUGUGUUUUAUCGAAUGAAUGAUUGGUGUCUAUUCAGUCUCA